CGGGAAGCCACGCCCCAUACCUGGAAGAAUCAGGAAAUCUAGAAUUGUGUGCUGCAAUAAGCUCGAGCUCUCCGGUCAUUUGUCCGAAAAUUCCAGUCUCCAACUCGACAGCUUGUCUUCACCUGAACGCGGAAGUGUGAGAUUAAACCGGAAACUGAAGAGUGGAGAUGGGGGAGACGGUGUGGGAGCAGUACACAGUGACGCUGCAGCGGGAUCCUAAAAUGGGAUUUGGGAUUGCCGUCUCCGGCGGAAAAGACAAUCCGAAUGAGGAGACGAGAGAAGCCUCGAUUAUCGUCUCUGACGUUCUGCCUGGAGGACCUGCUGACGGCCUGCUGUUUCAGAAUGAUCGCGUGAUCCAGGUGAACUCUUCGUCCAUGGAGAACGUUGUGCACUCGUUUGCGGUUCAGUCUCUACGCAAGUGUGGCAAAGUCGCCAAGAUAACGGUGAAAAGACCACGCAGAGUUGCUGUGAAUGUGCCGAAGCAGGCCCCGCCCCCGGACGACCGCGUGUUCUCUCAUCCAGACUACAGCGACGAUUACGACUACGAGCUGGACCGACGCAGCACAUACAGCGGACGCGCCGACUCCGAGUACGACUACGAGCGUGGCCGCAGCCGAACCCUGGAACGAGACCUCAGUCCCGAGCGCCGCCGCGAUGGCAGCCGAGGACGUGUGCUGGAGCCCAAGCGCAGCCCCGACCGCCAUUACCGUGACUACAGCCCAGAUCGUCGUUACCGUAGCCACGGCACCCUCGAUCGAGACUACAGCCCGGACCGGCGGUACCAUGGCGAGGGCAGCCCGGAUCGCCGGUACCGAAGCGAACACAGUCUGGAUCGAGACUACAGCCCGGAUCGUCGCUAUCGCAGUGAACAUGUUCUGGAUCGCUCACACAGUCCAGAACCACGCCACCGGGAGAGGGAACUGCGGAUUCCAGAACCACGUCCUGCCGAGGAAAUCAGAAGGAACGUCAGCCGGGAACGCUUAGAACGUUCACCUCCACAGAGCCCGCGGGAACCGCUGGAGAAACCAGUGCGUGUCCUACUGAAGAAGAACAGACCUACUGAAGAAUAUGGGCUGCGUUUGGGCAGUCAGCUGUUCAUUAAAGAGAUGACCAGUACUGGCCUGGCCACCAAAGAUGGGAACCUGCAGGAGGGAGACAUCAUCCUGAAGAUCAACGGGACGGCCACAGAGAAUCUGUCUCUGAGUGAUGCAGGGAAGCUGAUUGAAAAAUCACGAGGAAAGCUGCAGCUGGUGGUCCAGAGAGAUCGCAGGAAGGUUCUGGUUCGGGUCCCGCCCAUGGCUGACAGCGACUCGGAGCCAGACGAUCUGUCAGAGAUCGAGUCGUAUCGUUCCUACUCCCCUCAGGACGAUAGACGAGGACAGGUCUCGGACGUCUCCCCACACUCCUCCAACGAGAGGCUGCGUGAAAAGAACAGAGAUGAGCCUCAGAGCAGGUUGUCUAAAAUGGGUGCGAUGCCCACACCAUUCCAUGCUGCUCCAGAUGAUUUUCCACCUCCACCAGUGGAGGAAGAUGAGUCUGAGAUUGAGGAAGCUCCAGCUCCCGUGGCCGCGCCUGCACCAAAAGUCAGCGUUCCACCAAAAGUUAAAGCUCCUCCAAAGGUUCCUCUGAAACCCAGCGCAGAAGAUCUGGAGAUCUAUGGGCCAAACACGGUGAUGGUGCGCUUUCAGAAGGGUGAGAGUGUGGGUCUGAGGCUGGCCGGAGGAAACGAUGUGGGAAUAUUCAUAGCCAGUGUUCAGGAGGACAGUCCAGCGGAGAUGGAGGGACUGCAGGCUGGAGACCAGAUCGUGAAGGUGAAUAACGUGGAUUUCCGUGGCAUGGUGCGUGAGGACGCAGUGCUCUACCUGCUCGACAUUCCUAAAGGAGACGACAUCACCAUCCUGGCUCAGAGCAAACCAGAUGUGUAUAAGGACAUCGUGGCCUCAGGUCGAGGAGAUAACUUCUACAUCAGGACUCAUUUUGAACACGAGAAAGACGCUCCUCAGAGUCUGUCCUUCAGCCGGGGGGACAUCUUUAAAGUGGUGGACACGCUGUACGAUGGAAAACUGGGCAGCUGGCUGGCCAUCCGCACCGACAAAGACAACCAGCUGCUGGAGAGAGGGGUCAUCCCCAGCAAGAGCAGAGCUGAACAGAUGGCUAAUGUACAGAACAUGCAGAAAGGAGCAGCCAAUGACAGAGGAGAUUUCUGGAGGCUCAGAGGUCAAAGGGCAGCAAAGAAGAAGGACCUGCGUAAGAGCCGAGAGGAUCUCACGGUCAACCCUGUCACCACCCGCUUCCCUGCUUAUGAGAGGGUGGUGCUGCGAGAGGCUGGGUUCUGGAGGCCCGUGGUUCUGUUCGGCCCAAUCGCUGAUGUGGCAUGUGAGAAACUCGCCAACGACCUGCCGGAAGAUUUUGUCGUCGCAAAGCGAGAACCUAAAGAUGCAGGAACAGAGAAGUCCUCAGGUGUGGUGAGACUGAACACUGUGCAGCAGAUCAUUGAACAGGAUAAGCAUGCUCUGCUGGACGUAACCCCGAAGGCAGUGGACACGUUGAACUACACCCAGUGGUACCCCAUUGUGGUGUUCCUGAACCCGGACAGUAAGCAGGGCGUGAAGACCAUGAGGAACCGCCUGAUAUCGGGUUCUAACCGCAGCUCACGCAAACUGUAUGAGCAGGCAGUCAAACUGAAGAAGACCUGCUCUCACCUCUUCACCGCAACGGUGGAUCUGAACUCGGCUCACGAUGCCUGGUACGGGAGUCUGAAGGACACCAUUCAGGAGCAGCAGAACAAAGCGGUGUGGGUCUGCGAGAGUAAACUGGACAGCGCGGAGGAGGACCUAGACCUCCACGAUGACCGCAUGUCUUACCUGUCGGCCAUGAGCGCAGAUUACCUGAGCAUGGACAGCCGUCUUACCGGUGACUACGAUGACACAGCGGAUGAAGGCGGAGCCUAUACUGAUAACGAGCUGGACGAGCCAAGCAACGAGCCUCACAUAUCGGGGAUGAGCCGCUCGUCAGAGCCCGUAGACGAGAGACCUGCCCCUGUGCCCCGCAUGAAGCGCGCCGGGAGCAGAGAGGUUCUACGAGACCCCAGUCCACCGCCCUCCUUCGUCCCAGAACCCCCCAAGGCCCGAUCUCAGAGGCAGCACAGUGAGUCCAGCAGCACGGUCAGCAGUGAUGUCAGCUCCAAGCCGCCGCCCCCUCCCGUUGCCCUUAAGCCCAGCUUCCUAGCUCGAGGUGCUCCGUCUCAAGAACCCAUCUCAGAUGUUGAAGAUCCAGCCAGCCGCUCCUUCAUGGGGAAAGUGAAGGCCUUUGAACAGAUGGAUCACCUCGCUCGGGCUCAGAGGAUGCUGGAACUGCAGGAGGCUGAACACGCCCGGCUGGAGAUCUCUCAGAGACACCCGGACAUUUACGCUGUCCCCGUUAAACCCAAACCCACUGCCGCCCGGCCGCCACCUACUGGUUCCAGCUCAAACCCUCUGCACCGCACUGGACCUUCUGAAGACGCUGACCAGUCUCGCCGUGGAUAUUAUAACCCUCAGAAAUAUAAUGACACUGAGCUGUAAACCACACACAAACACACACACAUCCCUCCUCUAUAAAGUGUUUCAGGAUGGAUCCUGGUCCUGGUUCUGAUUCUCAGUGACCUCAGUGUCGGUCAGUAUGGUGGCUUUGAAUACACUACGGUGAAAUUAAGCAGCGUUUUGACAAAAAACGUUUUACAUUUGUACGAAGAUUUUUUAUAAGAAACUGGAAGUUCUGAGAACUGUGUGUGUAGUGAAGCCACUCGGCGGUUCUGUUACUCCUUUCGUUCCUCUGCAGGUAAAGGGAUGGACUUCAAACCUUCAGAGCUUCAUGAUGGAAAUGAAAUAUUCUACACUUUUAUAUCUCUAAUAAUAAUAAUCUUCACACUCUUUGUGGAAGAGGUAUCUUUUUAUUGUUGUGUUAGUGAAUUAAAUCACAUACGUUCACGCAUUCUGCAUUUAGAGGUGCAGUGGAUUUCAAAGAUGAUGAUGAUGAUGAUGAUGAUGGAUCGUAAGGUCCGUGCGAUUUUCCCGAUCAUCUUCCCAUAAACGUACAAAAUCAACCUUUAACAUUUAGAUCUCUGAUCAAUAAAUAAAUAAAACACA